AUGCCACCAACCUCUCGGGUCCCAGCAACAGCUUUCGUGGUGUCCGGUGUUGUCACAGGCAUUCUUGCUAUCUCUGCUGCUAUCUAUCUGUUCUCAACAUCUCAAUCGGGUCGAUCUCUAUCAACCGAUCUCGCCAAUGGGACAACAUUAGAACCAAGACGAUCAACACGGUUACGGCGUUCUCGCAAUGUGAGGAGGCGACGAUCGCGUUCAGGACAACAACGACGAGAAGGUGGAGAGCAGCAAGGUGUAUCCCCAUUGCAAAUCCUAUCCGAUGCUGAAGACGACUUGAACUGGAGCGACGACGAUAGUAAGAAUCUUCUCAACCUCGUUUAUACCAUCUCUGAGAACCAAGCACGUAAAGAGGGGUAUAUCCAUCGAGGUAUCACCUGUAACAAAUGCCGAGUGACACCCAUUCGAGGAAUCCGAUACAAGUGCGCCAAUUGUGUGGACUUUGAUCUUUGCGAGUUAUGCGAGAGUGCCAAUUGCCAUUUGACCACCCACGUCUUUUUGAAGAUCAGAAUACCCAUUCCACCUUUGGCCAAUCCACGAAGUGCUCUUCUUCCUGCUUUUUAUCCUGGCAAUGAUGAAAAUAGUCGAUGGGUAUUGAAACCAGAAGUGAUUCGAGAGUUACAAGAUAUAUCCCAUUUUGAUCAGCUUGAGCUGGAGGCUUUAUAUGAACAAUUCAAGUCGCUUGCCACGGUGACCAAGGGCGAUAAGGGUGGCAUUGACAAUGAAACAUUCGAGCAAUGUCUUGGGCCGUUGGGAUUGGAGAAGAACUUGAUUACGGAGCGUAUCUUUGCUUUCUUUGACCAAGAUCGGGAUGGUAUCAUUUGCUUCAAAGAGCUUGUUUGCGGAUUAAGCGUGUUAUCCAAAGGCAAUCUGGAUGAGAAAAUUGAAUAUGCAUUCAGGGGCUAUGAUCUCGACAAUGACGGCUAUAUAUCACGUGAUGAGCUUUAUCGCAUGUUCAAGUCAUACUUUUACCUUUCCAUGGAGCUUGUACGGGAUGUUGUGAGUGCAAUGGAGGAUGAGAUGAUGGACAAUUUCGAGUUCUCGGCUUCACAACCUGUCAGCGCAGCUUUCAAUAUCGGGAUACCGUCAUCGUCGUCUUCUCAGCAGCAUAGCAACAGCAACAGUGAAGAUGAAAAUGAAAAUACCAAUGAACAUGGUGGUGGUGGACAUUCUUCAGCAUCCAGAAAUCGACGUCGAUAUCCUCAUAAAGAAGCUCACUUUGAACAUCAAUACGCUCAUGGCGAUGGAUCACCAACAUCGACUGCGACCAUGGAUGGAUCACAUCUUAAAAACAAACAACGGCAAACUUCCAUCAACAGCGGUAACCCAGUACAACAACAACAACCAGCACCCAAAAAGACAUGGGAGGAAAAGUUCCCGAUCAUGGAAACAAUGUCCCAAGAUGCUAUCAAUGAAAUGGUUGACAAGACGUUCAAGAGCAUCAACGUCAAGAGAGAAGGUUACAUUAGCCUAGAUGAAUUCAAGCAGUGUGUUCAAGCGGAUUCAAGUAUUGUGAGCUGGUUUGAAAGUUUAGGAAGUGUAUUUUAG